UGACUCAGUUCUCAGGUGCAGUUAAUUACCGUCAUUAAAGAGAAGAAGUGUGAAACACACGUAUAGAAAGGAAGCUUUUAUCGUUGUGGAAGUAAUAUUUUAUUCAAGCUGCGUUUUAAAUACUAGAGGUGUUUGAUUCUUUAUCAGUUGAGAAGCUGAAAUUCACUUAUUUUGGAGGAGAUGAUGGAGUUGGCUUUAUAUGACAUGAACACAGGCCAGAGGUGUUCAUAUGAUCAGAUGUCUCUGGCGGAGAUGCUGGAGGUUCAGGAUCAUCCAGUGAGUGAGGAGCAGGCCUGGGCUCUGUGUUAUCAGCUCUGCUCCAUACUCUCACAUCCGUCCCGUGAACAAACGUGGAAAACGGCCGCAGAUGCCGUGUUGUUGUCCCGAGACGGCAGCGUCUCUCUACGGCCGAUGAACAGUACUGCCGGUAAUUUCUGUGUGGUAGAGACAGAGGAACAGGCUGUUGAGUUUGUGGGCCGUCUCGUGUAUUUGAGUCUGGACUGGGGUCUGGAGACGCAGGUGGAGCGUGAAUUAAGCGAGACCUUAGAGAUCCUGGUGUGUCAGAUGACCAAAGUGAACCUCGGCCACCGUCAGCCCAUCUGCAGCAUCGCUGACGUCAUCCACGUUUGUAAGGAGCGCCUGUACGAUCCGAGUCAGGCCGCUAAACACUACAGGAACGUGUGUUCCAGCCUGUUCUCAGACACCGUUGAGUUGUGUCAGUAUCUGCAGAUCGUUCAACAGUCCAGGAAGAGUCUGCAGAAAUUAUUUGAAUCAGAGACCCAGCUGGUUGCACAGGUGACAACAGACUGGGUGUCUUCAUGGAGGCAUCUGGUGGAUGAGUUGAGCAGAGGUGUGGUGCUGCGGCCGCUAGCAAAGAGACUAAAUGCUGUCACUAAAUGCCCACUGCCUGCGGAGACUCCUCCGUUUAACCAGCUCUUGCGAGACAUCCAGUGUAGACGCUACACACUGCGGAAAGUUCAUGAUGUAGGAGAUGGCAAAAGAAAACUAGACCCUCACCAGACUCUUCUAGAGUUCAUCCGCUCACGGCCAAAGUUGCGACCGGCAUCAGAGCGUAAGAUAGGCCUGAAGCCCAAAGAGCAGAUCAGUCUGCACGAGUUACUCAUGGAGGAGAUUCGCUCGACUGACCACUGCAAACGCCUGGCACACAGCAUGGAGCCAAACUAUAAACCAGAUGGCUUGACUAUUAAUAAAGAAGCUGAAGACCCAUCUUUUCUGAAGUCAGCUCCUCACAGGAUACAUUCAGAUGAAGCUGUUAGUUCAGGAAAUGAUGUGCAGGAUGCCAGCUUCACAGAUUUCAGACUCUGUACAGGAAAGCGCCGGACCAGAUCUUUUGCUAGCAACCGGGAUCUCUUCAAAGUGGUUAAGAGCAGCAACAAGGGCUCUGUUCUCAAAACGAUCGUUGACGUCAUGAAAAUGCACAGUUUUGAGGAAAAAGGAGACGUGAAGGAUAUGUCGUGUGAGAGAUAUCGGGACUGGCGGGUUUGUUCAUGCUGUGCAAUGAGGAGCCUGUAUUUCACGUGGCAUAACACCUGCUCUCUGUGUCGGAGGGUUGUGUGUCCCGGGUGUUGUAUAGAGAUGCGUCUGCCCUCCAAGCGCUGCGUGAACCUUCCUCUGAGCUUCUUCAAGCAAAUCGUGAUGAAAGAUGGUGAGCAAAGCCAGAGGAACUUCUGGAACGAACGCUGGUCCUGGAAUUCAGCCUGGAUUCCUCUGGUUCUGGUGUCGUGCGGCUCCGGCUCCACAUCCGUUCACACUCUGGCCACGCGCGACUGGUACAGUCAGGACAUCUGUGUGCUCUGCCAGAAGGAUUUACUGCAGGCGUGUGACUCUCUUCUGUCCAGCUGUCCCGUCACAGACACGCAGGAGAUUUGAACACUCUCCCGUCUCGUCACUGUCUUUUUUAUCUGUUCCUUUAUUUAAAUAUCGGUGUUUGUGUUUUCGUUGUUGGGUUGUUCACAGUGUGGCACCAUGUUGGUUCUAAACGCUUGUUUUUCACCGUAGUUGCAUAGUUAGUUUUAAGGUUUUACAUUGUGAACGAAUUUAAAUAAAUGUGCUGAACAUUUUUAUUACAAUUUGUAUGCAUGUGGAGAUCAGUGAUGAAUGGCCUUCACUGCAGUUUAAUGAAAUGUCAAAGUCAAACCCACAAUGAUAUUUCCCAAUGGUUUAAAAAUAACUAAAAUGGUCCUCAACUACUUCAAUAAAAAAAUA